GAAUUGAUCUAAGUGGACAAAGUACUGAUUCCCCUUUGUAAACAUAUAUUAAACUACAUUUACACUUUUUUCGUCUUGUAGCGGGCUUUUAUUUUGAAACUUGUCAGCAAGAGACUGGUUGUUUGACGUCUCUUGUUAACGGAAUUUUCAGUGUACUUGUCGAAGCUGUAAGAGAAAACGGCUACCUCCAUCCAUUGUUAUUUUACUUUAAUUUUUUAACCUGGAUGACGAUAACGCAUCUCUGAACGGGAUACCCCAAAGCGGACUACCCACCAUGUCGGCUGAGGAGGAGAGGGGGGUAGUUCGUGUCAAAGUCAAGAAGUAUGAUGGGGUGUUACCGGUGGAGUUCCGCUCUUUUGCAGUAGAUCCUCAAAUAACCUCAUUAGAGGUGUUGCAACAUAUCCUGAUACGAGCCUUUGAGCUGAAUGGGAAACGUAACUUUGGGAUUAGCUACCUGUCCCAUGACCGCGGGGGUGUGGAGGUCUACGUGUCUCUGCUGUCUGACUGGGAUUUAGAUGCCGCGUUUGUCAGUGCGGCAAAGCCUUUCCUCCAGCUAAAGAUGGACAUCAAACCAUCAGAAGACAGUCCUGUUUUGGAGGAUUGGGACAUAAUAAGCCCUAAGGAUGUGAUUGGCUCAGAUCAGUUGCAGGGAGAGAAGAAGUCAUUGACAUCUGCUGCACUUCCCUUCACACAGUCUCUGCUGUCCCAGGUGGGUCGCACUCUAUCGCGUGUGCAGCAGGCCUUGAGUUGGUCCUAUGGGGAGGAGGUGAAACCAUUCAAGCCUCCCUUAAAUGAUGCUGAAUUCCACUGUUACCUGAACAGCCAAGGUCAACUGACCCGGCCAGAAGAACUUAGACUUCGUAUAUAUCAUGGUGGUGUUGAGCCAUCCUUACGCAAGGUUGUUUGGCGAUACCUCCUUAAUGUGUAUCCAGAUGGUCUGACAGGGCAGGAGAGAAUGGAUUACAUGAAGAGAAAGACGAGAGAGUAUGACCAGCUGAAGAGUGAAUGGACGGCACGGGUCAGCUCAGAGGAUCUGGAGUUCAUUCGGGGAAGUGUUCUGAAAGAUGUUCUUCGAACGGACCGAGCACAUCCUUACUAUGCGGGCUCAGAGGACAGCCCACAUCUCACCGCCUUGACCGACCUCCUUACCACCUUUGCUAUUACACACCCACAGGUGUCUUAUUGCCAAGGCAUGAGCGACAUUGCGUCGCCAAUCCUCGCCGUCAUGGACAACGAAGCUCACGCCUUUAUCUGCUUUUGUGGCAUUAUGAAACGUCUUGAAGGCAAUUUCCGCCCUGAUGGACAACUCAUGUCCAUUAAGUUCCAGCAUCUCAAAUUGCUUCUGCAGUAUUCAGACCCUGAGUUUUAUGCCUACCUUGUCUCGAAAGGUGCUGACGAUCUGUUUUUUUGUUACCGCUGGCUGCUUUUGGAGCUGAAACGUGAAUUUGCUUUUGAUGAUGCCCUGCGAAUGCUCGAGGUCACCUGGAGCUCCUUGCCACCUGAUCCACCUGAGACAGAGGUGGAGCUUCUGGGGCCGGCGCUUGAGGCAGAUCAGCCCAAUGGCUCACAGAAUGUCCAUCAGAAUAUGGACAUGGAGGAGAUGAAAGAAAAGCUGACUGAAAGGCAGAGGAGACGUCACAUGCUAAGACCGUCUCGAGAGGAGGCAGAUGGAGGACGUUCCCUUGGCAUAGAAGAGGAGAAGGGUCCUCGGAAGGAAGGCGAAGGAGACUACGGUGUAGAUGAGAUGGUCAAUAAUGAUGUCACAGCCCCGACUCGGUCAUUUGAAAAACAGGCCAGUUUUGGGGAAUUCAAGUAUUAUAGUGGCCGCAACGAGGACAGCUUUGAAAUGAAUGAGAACGAAUGCUCCAAUCCCACGUUAUCUCCCGUAAAGUUUCAGUCUGCGCACUCUACGUUGCAAUUUUCAGUCCGCCAGUCCACAGAGGAAAGUGAGGACGACCCUGGAGAAAAGGAACCUCUUAUCGGUAAUCAUACGCCAUCAUCUCCAGGACAGAGAGACUCUCCCAAUGGUCAGGCAGCUUCCCCAGCAUCAUCUCUACCUUCCUGUCCACCAGACUGGAAAAGUAGCUCCAAUCAGUCACUGGAAGCAUCUAAUUCUGCUACCAGUUGGAGAACGGCAUCUCCUGAUGCCCUGUCAAAAUGCACAUCCUCUUCCUCUAGUGGGGAGAAAGCCGAGUCUCCUGAUAAACCUUCUGGGGGGUUCACAUCCUCACAAGCUGUAAUAAACGGAACUGGGUCUCACUCCCCAUCAGUGGCCGCAGUGAAAUCUUUACUGGCGUCUCCAUCGCAGGGUUACAAUCGUUCACUUCUCUCUUCGCCAAUUUUAUCUUUCAGCAAGUCCCCGUCUUUGCCCAAAGCAUUCUCCAGCAAUCUCCCCUCGCCAUGCAGACCCUCUGGGUCUGGCUUAUCCUCUCCAAACACAACCAAACCAGAAGGAGGCGGAAUUAAACCCUGCUCGCUUCCCCCUCCGCAAGAGUUUGGGAAAGGGAAUCCCUUCAUGCUUUUCCUUUGCCUUUCUAUCCUGCUAGAACACCGUGACCACAUUGUCAAAAACAGCCUAGAUUACAAUGAGCUGGCCAUGCACUUUGACCGCCUGGUCCGUCGCCACAACCUCGGGCGUAUUCUGCAGCGCGCUAAAGCCCUCUUCGCAGACUACCUGCAGAGUGAAGUAUGGGACUCGGAGGAAGGGGAUGAAGUCAGCUUGGACUCUCCAGCCACAGCAGAUACAUCCCCCCAAACACCCACCUCUAGGCCCCCUUUCCUCAAUGUACAGCCCUCUCAGGGUACCUUCCCAAAUUCAACCUAUAAUCUAGCCAAUACCAUUCCCUCUCCAACAACUCCCAUUGCCCUCUCUCCAUCUGCUUCUUGAUUCUGUGCAUUAGUAGAUCGUCUCCUGGAACCACAAACAGACCCAGAAGCAAGUUUUUCUGUACCAUGCCGAGUCACAUUUUACCUUUGUGCUCUACAUGCGCUUUAUGAAAAUUGAUUUGUUUUGUUCACAAUCAAAGCUUUGUGAUUUUCUCUUUUAAUUUGUUUGCCUUAUCCAACCUCCCAAGUGAAGCCCCUUUCAUUGUACAGGAUCUUUUUUAUUGCACUUUAUUGAUUGUCCUUUCAAAGGGCAGGCCAGUUUGUCUCUCAUUUCACUUUGUAAAUAACACUUUUAAAAGGCACAUUAUGGGCACGUAAAACCUCUGUUAUAGUAGCCUCACUUACCUGAGACAAAGCAACAAGAUUUUACUAUUAUUUAUUUCUCUGUGCAAUCAUUAUUUUGGACGAAUAGGGUUGAAGCAGCUUCUUCUAAGGUUAUUCUGGCCUUGUUGUUGUAAGGAGGAGAAUGUUUACUCAAGUUAAGCUUUUGAGAUGCCCUCGGAAAUUCAUUAUUGAAUUUGUUUGACAUUGCCUGCAGCAAAGGUGUGUUUGGUAUGCUGAUAGUUGUCAGUUGUGCUUUAUGAGAACCUUAAGCCUUUGACUUUAAUUGUACAAAACAUUUGAGCAGAGACGAAGGUGCUGAUGCAUUAUCCAGUAUCCCACCAAUGUGAAACCUUCAGUUGUAGAGUAGGUAACAUUCAGCCCCAAUCUUGAAUUAAUCUCUGAACUACUAAUACAGAUUUCCUCUUCUCUAAUGUACAACAGCUAUUUGACCAGUAAGCUGUAGUUCUACAUGCAUUGGCUGUUUCGUUGAGGCACCACACCUACUAAGAUCAACAUAGAGAAUGGCUGGUAAUUUGGUGUCACUUAUCCUCGCCUUUGUUGGAGAAGUGCCUCAUUUCACUGAAUUUGCCAUUUUUGUCUCUCUCGUUUCUGUGUGUAAAUAUAAUUUCAUUGCUUUCAUCCAUCUUCCACCAAAGGUUUGUCUGGAAAUUCGUUGCCAUAAUGACUUUAUCGUCAAGUGGCAACAAUCAAGCAUCCCUGCUGUUUAAAAAAAUCACAGAGUAUUACAAAAGUGUUUAAUGCCUUUAACACAAUGCUUUUCAUCUGAUACCUUGUAGACUCAUUCUUUAUGUCUUAAUACCAAGUGUUCUUUUAAGUGCUAAACUAAACCUGCACAUGGACUAAAAAAGGAUUUUCCUGGAAAGUAGAACAGUUAUGAGUCCUGUUCAUCAGCGUUAUGUAUACAAAAUGUAUGUAUGUUUCUCUGAUUUUGAUUUAGUUCUAUAUGAUAGUAUUUUACUCAUACCCGUGGAGAGACUUGCCAGACUGAAUGCUUGCAAUACUCCUAUUUGUACAAUAAAUUCACUGAAUAUUGA